AUGACAAGAGGCGAUGGCUAUCUUUGGAAGGAAACUUAUGACGGUGCCACCGUAGCGUUCAUUAUACUGGGCGCGUCUCUAGUGUUCUUUAUGGUUCCUGGUCUGGGGUUCUUGUAUUCCGGUUUAGCAAGAAGAAAGUCUGCUUUAUCACUGAUCUGGGCUGUGCUUACAGCCACGCUCGUUGGCAUGCUACAAUGGUAUUUCUGGGGCUAUUCGUUAGCUUUCUCGAGCUCUGCAAAGGAUAAUAAGUUCAUUGGCAACCUGGAUUCAUUCGGUUUUAGAAACGUUUAUGGUGGCGACCCAGAGACUUAUACAACAUAUCCUGAAAUCGCAUUUGCUUCAUUCCAGAUGAUGUUCUUAUGCGUGACGUUGAGCAUUAUCGCAGGUGCCACCGCUGAGCGAGGUAGACUGCUGCCGCAUAUGGUCUUCCUAUUCAUUUUCGCCACGGUGGUCUAUUGUCCAAUUGCAUAUUGGGUCUGGGCUCCAGGUGGCUGGUGCUACCAAUGGGGGGUGCUGGACUGGGCUGGCGGUGGACCAGUGGAAAUUCUCAGCGCAGUCGCAGGGUUUGUCUACUCAUACUUCUUAGGCAGGCGUAGAGAAAACCUGUUGAUCAACUUCAGACCGCAUAACGUCUCAAUGGUCACUCUGGGGACUUCAAUCUUGUGGUUUGGUUGGCUCCUGUUCAAUGCAGCAACAUCCUUGGAACCAAAUUUAAGAUCCGUGUACGCAUUCAUGAACACAAAUAUUAGCGCUGUGUUGGGCGGGAUGACCUGGUGUCUAAUCGAUUUCAGGUUGGAACAGAAAUGGUCCACUGUGGGUCUUUGUUCAGGCAUCAUUUGUGGCCUGGUGGCUGCGACUCCAAGUUCAGGCUGUAUUACUCUCUAUGGUUCCGUCAUACAAGGUAUCGUUGCGGGUGUCGUCUGUAAUUUCGCAACUAAGAUUAAAUACUACUUGAAAGUCGACGAUGCCCUUGAUUUAUUGGCAGAACACGGUAUAGCCGGCGUCGUCGGGUUGAUAUUCAACGCUUUGUUUGCUGCUGACUGGGUCAUCGGCAUGGACGGUGUCACUAGGCACAGAGGUGGUUGGUUAACACACAACUACAAGCAAAUGUACAUUCAAAUUGCAUAUAUAGCAGCAGUCUCGGGAUAUUGUGCCGUAGUUACUGCAAUCAUCUGUUUUGUCAUCGAUAAAAUCCCAGGUUUACAACUGAGAGUAGAUGAGCAGGCAGAGAGAAACGGGAUGGAUGAAGACCAAAUUGGUGAAUUCGCUUACGAUUACGUUGAAAUUAGAAGAGAUUAUUAUCAAUGGGGUGUCGACACCGAUAAUAAUUACACAACCGCCAAUGGCAUCUCGACAGACGACGAUGACACGGAAGAAGAUGCAGAGGCAACUGCUAACAAAACUAAGCCGACUUAUAAUACACAAAAUAAUCAUACUGAAGCAAAUCAAGAAUCAUCAAAUGAAGAUUACUCAGAUUUAUCAUCAAAUAUAGACCAUAACGUCACAACAGAAAAAGUGACUGCAUUAAACCAAUAG